AUGAGUGAUGGGGAUGUGGCAUCUGAUCUGGCGCUCAUCAACAGGCCUUCUGCAGUCGAAAUCCAGAACAUUGAGAUCUGGAAAGUUGUCCUUAAUCUUAACACCACCGUCUCACGAGCAACCCUGCCACUCCGCCCUAUAUUGUCAAUUCAACAGACUCCUUGGCUGCGCAAAACAAGCAGCUUUGCCAACUCAACAGAGUACCGGAAACAUAUCAACAGAGUACUGAAAAAGGGGCUGGGAAGGCUACAUAUCAACAUUUCCAGUUUCUUUGACACGUAUUUUGAAGACAUCACAACUCAACUUGGGGUGUGA